CUCUCAUUUGUCCAAUCAUCGCGUUGUAAUGUCAACCGGAUUCCGGUUAUCUCCAUUUUCCGUACCCUUCCAACCGCUUCAUAUAUAAAAAUCACUCAACCUUCAACCCUUUCUGCCAACAAGCCUAUAUUGUGUGAUACCAUUUUUAUAGAGCACGUAACUCAGGAAGCAAAUUUCAAAGAUACAAACAUAUCAGCAAUCUCAGAAGAGUAAAUAAAAGCUUGCUAUGGCUGAGGAGUUUCAAGCUAGGAUUUGUGGUGAAAACUGGUGGAGUAGUAUUGAUUCAACAAGAAGUGUUUUCCCUCUAGGCUCAACUUCACCUUGUUCUGUUGCAGCUAAUGAUAUAGGAAACUAUAGCACUCGGCAAACUUCUGAUAUCAUGGAUUUGAAGGCAAUAAAGUGUUCUGCUGAAGAGACUAACAAUAAUUUGGUUUCUGAUAGUUACCUGGGUUUUGUUGAUGCACAGAAGCCACAAAAGAGUGAAUCAGCCAGUGAAAGUGGUAGCAUAUUGAUAGAUUCCACCAUACAGAUGAUGGGUUUUGGCCUCACAUCUCCAUCUUCAGCGAAUUGGAAUCAGCCUCCAUUAUUUCGUUGUAAUGGAAGGUCAGAGAGCAAUUUCCAUUCCAUGCUUCAAGAAGAAACGGGUAUAGAUUCUUCUAAUUCACAAAUUCAAAGGGAUUGGAUCCCAAAGAGCUUCUCAUCAACUAGUGGUGGAACCCAAGUUUCCACCGUUGAUACUUUCAAACCAAUGAACCAAGACUUUUCCAUAUAUCAACGAAGUCUAAGUUCUUUAACCAGCACUGAGAUAUCAGAUCGUAGUUUCCCAAUUGGAUCAGCCUCGUAUGGUAGCCCUUCAACGUUGAUGCAAAGCUUAUAUGAUGAACCUCAACCACAACUACAGCACCCACUUUUCACCAACCGUCCCAUGUCCUAUUCAUCAAAAGCAAGUUAUGGGACACCCUCCAAUGAAAUACCGCCAAUAUGGUCUAAAGUUUCCACUUUUUUGAAGCCCACACCAAUUGCAAAGCAACACCCUAUUGGACUUCACUUUUCUAACAAUACUCCUUUCUGGAAUGCUUCGGCCGAGGCACUUAACGACAUAAGAGCAGGUACUUCUGCUUCAUCACAAUCACAGUAUCAAACUCCAACUUUUGAAGAGAAACCCAAUUGCCCAAGCUCUCUAUUAAACAAGCUUAAGAGUGAAGAAACUCUAGAUUCGGCAUCAAUGGAGAAGCAAAAUGUUUGUGAAGCAGCAUUAAAGAGGCCAAGAAUUGAAACUCCAUCCCCAUUACCAACUUUUAAGGUUCGGAAAGAGAAGCUAGGGGACCGGGUCACUGCUCUUCAGCAAUUGGUUUCACCUUUCGGAAAGACCGACACUGCAUCCGUUCUUCAUGAAGCCAUUGAGUACAUCAAGUUUCUUCACGAUCAAGUCAAUGUUUUGAGUACUUCAUAUAUGAAAAGUGGAGCUCCCAUUCAACAGCAGCAGGGCUGUGAUGAUGUGAACGAAUCAGAAGGACCAAAACAAGAUUUGAAAAGCCGAGGGCUGUGUUUGGUACCGAUUUCAAGCACAUUUCCGGUGGCAACAGAAACCACUGCUGAUUUCAGCUGGACGCCUACAUUCAGAGGCGCACUUCCAAGGAGGAUGAAGCAAAUGUGAAGGCACAGUGGUGAAUAGAAAAGCUGAAGAAAACAAAGGAUGAAAAGAAGGAAAAGUGAGAAAAGAAACAAACGAAGUGACCCUUCAAAGUUGAGCUGGGAAUGCUGGGCCAGGCACAAGCAGAAUGAAGUGCGCUAGCAAAUGAUUAAUUAGUGACCAUUGGAAGAGAAAAUAUAUAACUUGUAGAUUAUUAAUCAGGUGCUUCAACAUUAAUUAAUAACCCCAAAUUGUUAAUUUAUUUGAGCUUGAUGAGACUAGGAACAAAUACUAAAUUCAGCGACAUUUGACAUUAGAUAAUUUGUUGCUGUUUUUGUUAGCGAAUACAUGGAAGAAUUCAGCGGAUAUGGGACUACUUAAAUGCCUUU